UCCAACACCAUUAAAUGAUAGAUUCCUUGUAACAUUACCAACUCAAACAGCAGGUUCCCAACCCUUUCCUUCCAGAAUUCCACCAAAUUAGUAAUCAUUAUUUCCACGGUUUCUUAAACUCUUUGUUAUAGAAAAAUCAUCAACAGUUCAAAACCAUUAACAUACACUGAGUAGCAAAGAAACGGGGUGAUCAAGAGAGAAAAAUGGAUGCAAUAUCAGAAACGAAAUCAUUCCCAAUGAAAGGUGGAGACGAUGAAUCCAGUUAUGUCAAGAAUUCUUCGCUUCAGGUUCCAAAAGAGGUUGCUGACAUAAAUUCCUCAGCAUGGAAUAAAGGCAGGAUACAUUAUACUGAUGCACCAAAUGAAGUCUUACAAGCUUAUUCAGCUCAGUAUGUUAUGGACAUGGAGGUUUUUCUUCUAGCCCGUGCACAUGAGGUUGUCUGUGGUGGGUUGAUGUUUCUGGUCAUUCCAGGUGUUAUCGAUGGAACAAAUGGUUCCCAAACUGGUGGUGGAUUUUUCCAUGUUUUGGGAUUUUGUCUCGUGGAAAUAGCCAAAAUGGGAAUGGUGGAUGAAGCUAAAGUGGAUUCAUUCAACUUACCAGUGUACCACACAUCCCCUAAAGAAGUGAACGAUUUGGUAGAGAAAAAUGGGUAUUUCAAUAUAGAAAGAUUGGAGAAAAUGUAUUCGCCAGGUAUAAGCAUUGAUCAUAUACAAAUAUUCAGUGACCAUCUAAGAGCUGGGUUGGAAGUAAUCAUUAAACAACAUUUUGGUUUCAGCAAGAGUGAUCUCGACAUACUGUUCGAUGUGUACACCAAAAGACUUGUCGAUUCUUUCCCAACCUUGGCAAUAGCAGCAGAGAAAUCCCUUCAUAUGUUUUAUGUUCUCAAACGCAACAACAUUACUAUUGCACACUAGUGCAAAACGUUAUUUAUUUAUAUGUUGCAGCAGAUAGUAGUAGUUUCAAAAUCAACCGUUUCGGGUCUUGACGUCUCGUUACACAUUGGAAAAUUGGACUAUUUACAAACAGUAUGUAGACUCGAGUUCUGAAAGGAAAAGACUGUGGAAGAUCAAACGUUAUCUUUGUUGUAGAAUUUUCGCAUGUUAAUUUUGAUAUACCAAGCAACAUAAUUCAUUGAA